AGUGUAAAAAGACUCAUAUGUGAUUUUGAAAAACUCUGAGGGCCUGAAAAACGUCACAUCCUGCCAAUAAUGAACACUUUACCUAAAUCCUCUCUUUCAUUAUUGAUGUUUUUCUCAAUAUGAAAAAGAGAACUGAUCUGAUUUUAAAAAAGACACUUCUUUGGGAAAAAUCACAUAUUUGUUAACAUUUUUUCUGCUUACAUGCAUCCGUUUUACAGCAAAUUUCAACCUAUAAUCUAGACUGGAAGGAAGAACGGAUGUUAAAAAUCUGCUUGAAUGUAUAAGUGAUUUAAGUGAUGCAUACAAGAAAAGAGGUUAUUUCACCAUGGAGGUAGCAAAAAUGGAACCAGCAAGGUUUAUCUAUCUUAUUCUUUUUCUUGGGACUUCAUACGGAGAGCGCAAUGACAGUUCUUUAUGUCCAACAAACGAAAACCAAGAAAAAUGUUGUUCUGGAUACAGAAAAAUAAACAAAACUUGUACAGAGUGUGUUGGUUUUAUUGGAGAAAACUGCAUGACCCCGUGUCCAUCCAAUUAUUACGGUGUGAAGUGUGAUUCGAUGUGUAAUUGCACAGAGGAUGAAGAAUGUAAUCCAUACGUUGGAUGUCUCCAAAUUAUAUAUACUAGGAAUAAUGAUACCCAGACUGUUCUGGAUUUUCCAAUACACCACGAAAGCUGUACACUUCUACUAAAGCUGGUGUUAAUCCUUGGAGGAUCUCAGAUUCUACUCCUCGUUUUCUGUUUUACAGUACUUUUGUUGAAGUGUUGCAGACUUCCACCUCAGCAUCCUAAACUAAAGACAGAAAACAAUGAGAUCAGCAGCACUACACAUCAAACCGAAAUACUCACGAACCAUUCAACUGUAGAAAACAGAAGUUGGAACAAUACUAACACGCGUUCGAACUCUCGAGUGAUGAGUGCAAAUAAUCAUCAUUACGAUAGUGUUUGCUUGACAGAGGAAGAAAAAUGGAAAUUAAAAACAAAUCCUGAAAGUAUUGACCAGAACACGUACUUUACAUUGCAACCGAUGAGAUAAAGUUCUCUGUUUCCGUUUGCCGACCACGUUGUGCUUUCAAAGUGGAUUUUUGACCUUUGGUUUAUUUGUGAUUCUGAAAUUACAAUUGUAUUUAUCUAUCAAAAAAAUCACCGGUUUGUGUUGUGAAUAAGUGGCUUGUUUCUUUCAAAUGUAAAUCUGUAUAUUAUGCACAGUGCUCGUGAUUUUAAUUAUGUUGUACUAUACUGAUAUAAACCAAUCUCUCGAUGGGAGUGUAAAUUUAAAAUCAGCAUAAUGUACCUGUUACAUAUCCGUAGGUGUUUAAACUGAAUGUCUUUAUUGAUUUUAACUUAUGACAACAUAUCAUAUAGUCUACCUUUUGCCUCCACUAAAUUCCUUUAAAAAACUUGUGAAUAAUCUUUAAGAAUAUGGUUUCAAGGAAGCGAGUCAAAAAGUUCUUUAUGUCUUAUACUGUUUUCCUUACAAACAGCUCACCGAAGCUUGCUUUUGCUUAAACUGACAUAUACAACAGGAAAAAUUGUCUGGGAAUGUAAUAUGUCAUUUAUUUCAAAUAACAAAUGACGAACUAUUGGAUUCACAAAAAAGAGGGAAAUCAACAAACAUCAAACAUUUUGUCAUCUCGUUACAUAAAAUUUCAUCACAUUUAUCCUGCUCCCCCCCCCCAAAAAAAAAACAAUAUUUUUACAAAUAAUAAUAAUAAUAAUAAUACAGAUAAGUUCAAUCACAAACUUCGAAAAAUUGUUCAAAAGCUUAUAAAAGCAAAAAGAUGGCGAACAACAGGGCCAAGCAAUGCAUUGCAAAUCAUAGAAUGUUACAAACAAUAUUAUUAGAUUUCAAAAUAAUGUAACAAGUUGAAUCAAAAUAAAUAAUAGAAAGUAGCUGAGAUCUCAUGGUGGAUAUACAAGAUUUGGGGAGGUGAUGGGUAAGAUGUGGCAACACACUUUGAGAAAAUGACGCACUUUGAAAAAUAUUUUCAAAGUGCGUUAAAAUUGGAACAAAAUCAACACAUUUUGAAAAAAAAUUUCAAGGUGCGUUAAAUUUGGGACUCUUGCGUUAAAAGUGUACAUCAACAUUUUGUUACCGUGGACACACUUAAGGCACUUUGAAAAAUAUGUAUAAAACAAAAAUUCUGAACUUAAAUUUUAGUAAUAGACAGCAUUAUUUUGUUAUAUUUCUUUCGAAAAAAUGAUGAAUUGAUAUACCCUCAUCGAGAACUAGGAGAAGACAGGUAGAAGUCCCUCAGCCCAACUCUUUAU